UCCUGGAACUGCCCACCCUUUUUAAUCAGCUCCAACCCCAGUCAUUGAGCUGCCAGGACCCCUCCACGUCCCUCCUUCAAACUUCGACGACUUUUACGUCAAAGCAUGACCCAAGCGUAACGCGGCAGCGCGGGAAACACGAAACGGUUCGUUGCAAGCACCCUCACAAAAAGCAAGCCAGCCCGCCACACCCCACGACGGCCAUACUCUAACCUGUUGUGUUGUUAGCCCGUCGUCCAAGUUGCCGCCGCCGCCGCUCCUUUUCUUCUCCUGCUCUCGCCGUGCCGUCCCAGCCUCUUUUACUCUCUCCGACUUGAGAUAUCCCAGCUCGGAAGCCGGUAAACAUGUCGCCGCACAUCACCGUCGAGCAUCAGCAACCCAACGGCAUCGGGAUCCAUCCGGAGCCUGCCGCCUACAAUGGUAACAAUGGGGCAUCCGUUGUCAACGGUAUUAACGGUGUGGGUACACACGGUGUAAACGGCCUCGUGAACGGUGCGCCCCGCGUCAGUCACGUCAACGGCACCGCCAACGGCCUCCACCGUACACAGAGCCCACACCUGCGCGCCUCAGAUCCAGACGCCGUACAUGACCUCAUCUGCGUCGGAUUUGGCCCUGCAAGCUUGGCGGUCGCAGUGGCGCUUCACGAUGCCCUCGAGGCCGGAACAAUGAGCCAACGCCCAAAUGUCUUGUUCCUCGAGAAACAGCCCAGCUUCGCAUGGCAUGCAGGCAUGCUUCUGCCCGGUGCGAAGAUGCAGAUUUCAUUCAUCAAGGAUCUGGCCAGCCUCCGAGACCCGCGCUCGAAUUUCACUUUCCUCAACUACCUGCACAAGAACGACCGUCUGGUCGACUUCACCAAUCUCGGCACAUUCCUCCCCGCACGCGUCGAAUACGAGGACUACCUGCGAUGGUGCGCGGGCCACUUCGAUGACGUGGUAAAAUACCAGACACAGGUGCUCUCAGUUUCGCCCGUCCCGGACCAGGACGGGCCUUUCAAGGUUUUCACAGUCACGUCCCAGAACCUGAAGACUGGGGUAACAACCACUCACCGAGCGAGAAAUGUUCUCCUGGCGAUUGGCGGCCAGCCAUCAAUCCCAAAGAGCCUCCCGGCAAGCAGCCGGAGGGUCAUCCACUCAUCGCAAUACGCCCAGAUGGUCCCCAAGAUCCUCAGCGACCGGGCCGCCCCUUAUCGAGUUGCCGUUGUCGGCGCAGGACAGAGCGCCGCCGAGAUAUUCAACAACAUCCAGACGCUAUACCCCAAAUCUCGCACAUGCCUCAUUAUGCGGUCAGAAUUCCUCAAGCCAAGCGACGACUCGCCAUUCGUCAACUCCAUUUUCAACCCCUCUUUCGUUGACUCGAUCUACCCGCGCUCCCCCGAAUACCGUCGAAACCUGAUCACAGAGGCCCGGGCAACCAACUACGGCGUCGUCAGACUCGAACUGAUCGAACACCUCUACGAGACAAUGUACGAGCAGCUGCGGAAGCUGGGCAGGGACGAGAGACAGUGGCCUCACCGGAUCAUGGGCGGCCGGCGGGUGCUGGGCGUCGAAGAGGCCGACGACACACUCCACGUCAAGGUCUGCGUGUCGCCUCCAGGCGAGAUGGAGCUCGACGGGCCGGUCGGCGAGGAGGAGGUUCUCGAAGUGGACCUCAUAAUCUCCGCCACGGGGUACUGCAGGAGCGCUCAUGUUGACAUGCUCAAGGGCGCGUGGCCGCUCCUCCCGGAGGUUGCUGACAAGGGGGGGUACAAGGAUCACGAGACCAGGGACCGGUGGCUUGUUGAGACGCCGGGCAGCAGUGAGGGCGAACCAUCCAAGACCAGAGUCAUCGAAGUUGGUCGCGAUUACGGAGUACGAUUUGAGCCCGGAACCGUCGCUGCUGGGUCGGGCAUCUGGCUACAGGGCUGCUGUGAGGGUACACAUGGGGUGAGUAGUUUUUCAUGCUUCUAUCCCACACCUCCCCUGCUCACCGCCUCACUGCUUCGAGGAGCUAACAUGAGUGAAACUAAUUAGUUGAGCGACACAUUGCUCUCUGUCCUGGCAACCCGGUCUGGGGAGAUUGUAGAAUCGAUUUUCGGAAAAGGGGUCGGUGCAGCUAAGUAUUAAGUUUCUCGCAGCGAUUCGGGGCAUUUUUUUUUUUUACGACAGCAUGUAAUUGUGUGAAUUAGCUAGCUUGUUGAGAACGUACAGUACAUGGGAUUCUUUGA